UAAGCUUAGCUAGCUAAAACCAAAAUACCCAAGUGAACAAGGGAGGAAGAGGAAGCACCGCGUGCAUGGGUGUCUCAGAUGCAAUGCAAUGGUUGAGGGUGCUGGUGUGGAUGGCGCACAUAGGCGGGGAUGCCCUAGCGGUCUACGCUCUCGCCAUCCUCUUCAACCGCCAAAAGCAGCAAACUGCUGAUGUGGAGAGCGACGCUCUCGAGCUCAUAUGGGUGCCUUUCCUCCUCAUUCACCUCGGAGGCCAGAACAUAAGUGCCUACAGCCUCGAGGACAAUGAGCUUUGGAAGCGGCAUGUCAUAACUCUGGUGUCACAAGUCGCGGUCGCCUUGUACAUCUUCUGCAAGUGGUGGUCCGGCCAGAAGAAACUCCUUCAGGCGGCAGUCUUGCUCUUUGUCGUUGGCAUCCUCAAGUUCACUCAGAAGCCAUGGGCCCUCCGGAGGGCCAGCUUCAAUAGCAUGGCUUCCAGAAGUCUGUCCGUGCAAAGAGAAAAAGGAUACAUUCCUCCAUGUUGGACAUGGUGCACUGUGAAUUGCGGGGAUUUUGCUUCAGUGGGGCGGGAAGGAGAGGAAGGACACAAACGCAAUCUUUCACUUGAAGAAUAUGCAAAAGAUGCAAAGAAGCUUGUAAAAGAGACGGAGCUGGCGAGUGGAAAUGACCAAAGAACAGCAUAUCAAAAGUUUCGACGCCGUGCAAUGAACUACAUCUCUAUGAUGCUGGUGGAUCUAUCUACUCGGUACUCUGUUCGUCUUAACUAUCUGCAGUAUUUCCUCAAGCUGGAUAACAAGUAUGGACACAAAAUUUUACGGAUAUGGGCUAGGGAUACAUAUGGUGCCUUGUACACCAAAACAAGAUCACUCAACAGUUGUGUUGGCUUCUGCUCAUGGUUCUUGCUUCCGUUCCUGACAUUAGCUUCCCUGGUGCUCUUCGUCAAGAGUAACAAGGAUGGUUACAAUAAGAACGACGUGAUAGUAUCAUACAUCCUGUUUGCUUGCACAGUCAUGAUUCAAUUGUUGCCCUUUGUGCUCAGGCUCGGAAGCAAAACUGCUACUUGGCCAGACAUGGUUUCACAGCACAAUCUCAUGUGCUUCUGUGCUCGCAAGAAGCAGCCCACCACUUUGAUGAAACUUGCUGCCUUCAAGUGCUUCAGGGAGUACACUAACAAGCAUUGGUACAAUUGGCAGGUGCCUGCGGCCUUUGAGAUUGAAGGGUUGAUUCGCCGGUACAUAAAAGAUGGGUGGGAGUGCAUACAUGAUGCUGCCACAUACAGAAGAUUCAACAAUCUCAGGGGACAACAGGCUCUGUCGAAGCACCCUCAGCUGGGACAACAACUCGGUUGGAGCCUCAACCUACCGUUCGACGAGAUUGUCCUUGUGUGGCACAUAGCCACAGACCUCUGCUUCUACCACCCCAACACAUCCUCCCAAGGUCUAAGUGGAGACACCACCCUACGCAGCAGGCAGAUAUCCAACUACAUGAUCCACCUGCUUUUCAUGUGUCCUGAGAUGCUAAUGCCAGGGACGAGACAAGAUUGGUUCACAGUUGCUUGCAAUGAUAUCAAGCACAUUCUCACGGACCAGAAUGAUCCACGAAGCAUUGCACAGAGGAUUCUUCUCAUGGAACAUGGUGAACUUAAAGGAGAUGUCGUUCCCAAUGCGCACAAACUCGCAAAGAAGCUCAUGGAACACCCCAACGAGGAAGAGAGGUGGAAGGUGAUCCAAGGUGUGUGGGUGGAGAUGCUCUGUUAUUCUGCCAGUAGGUGCAGAGGCUACCUGCAUGCCAAGAGCCUGGGUGAUGGCGGGGAGUUCCUCACAAAUGUCUGGUUCUUAUGGUCGUUGAUGGGAAUGGAAAUCCUGGGCGACAAGAUCCACAUACCAAGUCAGCUUCUUGAAGAAGAGAUCUGCAUAACAAGUCAACCUCUUGAAAUAGAAAUCAUGGAUGCUCCCGUUUGAAAUUAUAUCAGUCAGUGUGUGCUGGUAAUUUCCAGCUCUCCUCUUCCGGUUGUGCUGCUUUUCAUUUCAUUUCUUUUCCUAUUUUGAGUUGAGUGUGCUGCUGGUUUCUAAACUUGUGUGCUUUGCUUUCAACAAGAGACCGCGAGUUGAGUGCGCACCCGGUGUCGAGCAUGUUCGCACUGGGGAAUGUCCUAGUAAUGCAGCCGUUCGCGUCGCGCCUGAUUCUAGCUGUGGGAUGGCGCAGCUACGAAAGAAUCAUGGCACGGAGCGAGCGGAUUGUCAUAGCACCCAUGAGGCCAUGACUCAUGGGGUCUGUUUGAUCUUGUUUAUUUAAGCUAUUUGUGUGCCCUGUGCUGUGCCCAAACUUGUCUGC